AUGGCGCCUAACAUAGAGGAAGAGGAGGACGAGGAGUACUGUAAGCUAGGAUUCUACAGCAGAUUACGUUACAGGCUGAGGACUGAUCCCCGGAGAGUAGCAGACCUGGGAAUGGUCUUCUCCAGUGUACUCGUAGAAUGGAUAGGAGCGACACUGAUGGCACCUAUCACCCCUUGGUACGUUAAAAAGCUGGCGCCUGAUAUGGGUCAAGGGACUGCAGCAUCGGUGCUUAUGUCCUCUUACAAUAUAGGAAUGUUCGUUACAUCUCUGUUCACCGGGCCUCUAUCUGAUAGAGUGGGUCGUCGUCCUCUCUUCCUUAUCGCCCUCCUUCUCUAUACUGGAGCUCAGUUUGCUGAUGCCAACGCUUGGGAUCUGGCAAGUUUGGCUGGCUUCAGAGCUCUUGAAGGAGUCCUGGCUGGUACUCGUCCUGUAAUCGUAGCGUACCUUACUGACGUUAGUGACAAUGAUGAUAUGAAGCUCUACGGUGUCAUCAUGGGUAUCUUCGUUGUCGUCGGACAGCUCCUCGGUCCUGUCAUAGGGGAGGAGGCCAUUGCCUUUGGCGCGGCUAUGAUUGGUGCAAACUCGAGCAAGAGCUUCCGAGUUCGCAAGAUGUGGUUGACCGAUACGAAUUCGGAGCAUGAGUACAAGGUGAUGUUGACACCGCUGAACCCUUCGGCCUCUGUUGAGAGUGGCGGCGGCGACUGGCAGAGGGCCCAAGUUCUGGCUUCUAAGGGACACAAGCUUUCCUGGAAGAAGGCGGUUAAGUUGCAUGUUCCCUUCGAUCUUAAGCUGAGCAUCUUUGAAGACGAUAACCUCCUUGAAACCAUGAACAUUACUGGAGUGGAGAGCGCUGUGCCGAAGCAGCAACUAAGGCGGAAAGAGAUCAUUGAUGCUGCAAUGGCUGCGGAUCCAACGCUCGAACUUCCGUCACUCGCCGAUCUGCCCACGGUUGAGUUGAAGUUCGAGUCGGACUCUAGUGGUAUUGUGAGAAUGAACAAGGCUCAGGCUAUUUUCGAGACGUUGAGGAAUCAGACCGUCAAGCCUAAAGCACCUAAGGUGGUCCCUAAGGAGACUAACUCUACCAAUGAUGCAUCGGGUGCCGCUAACGCUACUGAGACACCUGGCGUUGAUAACAGCACGGACACUAACUCGACCAAGACUGGCACCGCUCCUGCUGCUGCUGAUGGUGAUGAGGCUGAGCAGCAACCCACUUGGAAGAUGGUGAAGUCGAAGGCAUUUGUCACCCUCUCCCAGAAGGUAGUGGAACAGGGGUAUCCGAGGCCGAUGGAUGGGGAGGAGAUCAGCAAGGCGAUUCGAAGGAGGAAAGCCCUGGACAAGCGUGAUCAGCGUGUGAAGGACACUGAGUCGGCUCGUAAUGACUUUGAGGCCUACAUAUACUCCAGCAGAGAGCGUCUGGGAGGGGACGAUGAGAUGGUGAAUAAGGUCACUACUGAGGACAUGAGGACGGGCAUCAUGAAGACUCUAUCGGAGUCAGAGGACUGGCUUUACGAGGACGGCUUCGAUGCUCAGCUGGAGGAAUACACGAAGCGGUUGGACAGUCUGAAGAAGGCUGUGAUGCCGAUACUCUUCCGUGCUGAUGAGGUCGAGUUACGUGCUGACCUGCCGGAAUGGGUGUCGAGGAAGGUGGAGGGUAUCAGAAAGGUGUUGGAGAAUGUAGGGAAACCGGCUCCUACCCAGCCACCGAAGGAUGAAACUGCUGAGUCAGAGAAGAUUAGAGAGAUGAUUCGGAACAUCACUCGCGACAAUGCGACGUACGAUGCAUCCAAGCUGGAGAAGAUGAAUACGAAUGAGCUACUCACUGAGUAUAUCGAUCUAUUGAAGGCAGAGCAGGGGGAUGAAUCUAAGGAAGAAGGGAAGGAGGGGGAGAAGAGUGGCGACUCAGAAGCAGCAGGUAAGUACCUCGCGGCCUCGCACAAGCGCAAGUCGCAUGGAGCGGCGUCGGGGGAGGAGGGCAGGGGGCAGAUGUUUAGACAGAUGGGGAACUUUUUCUACUUCUUCUCUCUGACCAUUCCAGAGUCCAUAGUGCAUCUAGCUGAUCCUGCAGCCGAGACUAAUUCCGCCACCAACAACGAGAACGAGUAUAUGGACCAGUCAUUAGCUCGAGUGGAGUCGCAGGCGGCGUAUGCCAAUAUGAACAAUUCGAGUAAGGCGAGAACAUACUUUGCCCGGGUCUUAAAGAAGAGUCGGAUAGAAUGGGAGGUCUUCAAGGUAGCAUGGCCAUGGAUAGUUAUCGGCAUCAUAUUCCAAAUCCUGCAUGACUGGGCUCAUAACUGGGUCUAUUAUCUUAGCGGGAAAUAUGGUGUGUAUGGUGGUCCUGAGAACGCCCUUGUUGACUUUGGUCAUAUGGCCUUUCCCGAUAUUGACACAUUGACGGUAUCUCCCGCGCCGGAGAACCCAGUUCUCUACACGUGUAUGUUCCUUGCAGUGGCGUUCGUGGUGAUAGCCCCUAUAUUUGGGGAUCGGGAUGACUUCACGCUAAUAGGGGCAAUCUGGAGGGUGCUCAACGUCUGUGACUUCACUAUAUUAUUCCGCUGCAUAUCCUUUUUGGUCACGAUUUUGCCGGCGCCGGCGCCUCAUUGUCAAGAGGCCCCUCCGCCCAAUGCUCCGUUGGAACCAUUCUUCAGUCCACCCACAUCGGCCGGCCAGGUGUUAUCUGGCUUUGAUGUUCAGAAUGGGUGUGGGGAUCUCGUCUUUAGCAGCCAUAUGAUGUACUGCUUGCUGGCGACAUUGGUCGUUACUCACUACUCUCGAAGCCUCGUGCUCAUGGUGAUCGAAUGGUUGCUAUGUUGUGCACUUGUAUGUUUGAUAUUGGCGCAAAGAUCGCAUUAUACGUUGGACGUGUGGGUUAGUUGGUACACGGUGCCUAUGGUUUGGAUAUGCUUUUACCAUUUCUUCCCUAACGAUCCAGUCAAGCACAUUGCAUUUUGGAAGGACCAGCCGCAGCAUGUCUACCUACCCAGGCAAGCGGAGGUGCCGAAGGAAGAACGUGCGUCCACAAGUUUCGGAACCCCUACAGCGAUCAUCUGGCCUGGAAUCGGCCCUAACAUGACGAGGGAAUGA